AACCAUAACGUAAAAAAAUCAAUUUUCUAUUUUCCCUGCGGAAUCAUAAUCCCCCGGGGUUUUCCAUGAACCCCCGAAAAAACCAAACCCAUAAAUCCUUCCUUCCCGUCACUUUCUCGAGAAAAUAAGAAAAAAACAUCCAUACUUUAGGUUUUCAAAACAAUCAAAUCGAUUUUUUAGGUUUUUCUUCUCCGCAAUUUUUGAUUCAAAAACCGCUGGAAAAUCACCAAUAAACUAGCUAAUUAGGGUUUUAAUUGAUUGAACGAGAAUGGGAAGCGUGGAUCGUAUUGAGGAUCGGUCAUUUAGGGCUGAUUUUACAGGCGACGGAGUUGAUAAGCUGAGGGAGAAAGUGAGAGAUAAGCUUAAAGAAUUUAUGGGCGAUUACACUGAUGAUACACUCGUGGAAUAUGUGAUUGUCUUACUGAGAAAUGGCCGGCGUAAAGAAGAAGCAAGGAACGAAUUGCAUGUAUUUUUGGGAGAUGAUAGUGACUCUUUUGUAGCUUGGCUGUGGGAUCACCUUGCCUCAAAUUUGGAUUUAUAUGUACAGCCUCAAGAUGCGAGUGAUAUAGUCAAAACAAAGUCCAUACGGGGGGACCAGGAUGAAAGAAAUGAAUCCCAUCAUAAUGAUUCUGAAGCUGGAAAAGAAAAGCCUGAUAACUUACCCAGAAGUAGACAUAAAAGAGAAUGGAAAGCUAUGACACGGGAUGCAACUGAACCUCCUCCUCUUCGGAGCUCUGUGGUUGACAAUAUGCAUGUUGAGGAAAGACAUGAUCGCAGAGGAAGUCAUGCAAGAAGAUCUUCAUCCCCUCAGCCUCCUCAACAUAAGAAAAGGAGUCGGCAGGAUGAGCGACAACAAUUGAAGAGGGAUGCUGUUUCUCAUGCAACUAUUAAUGCUCCUCGACGACUACUGCAAUCUGCAGUGCGAGAUGCUGUUGGGACAUUGAGACCAUCUGAUUUAUUAAAAGAUCCCUCAGUGAAGCGUCUUCGUUCUGUUGUCUCUGCAUCUACAAUAGAAUCAUCAUUGCUUGAUCGUCCUAGGAGGAUUCAGUCGGUAGCAAGAGUUCCAAAUCCCAUGGCCACUGUAAUCAAAGCUGUUCAAGCAGCUGCUGCAGAUGUGGUAAAGGUUAAAUCUUCAAGAAAUGUGUUUGACAGACUUGGUAGAAAAAUGGAUAUUUCAGAGACAUCUGAGCAAAUCGGAGAUUUUAGAGAUGAUGUUGUUGAAGAUGAAUUUGAUGUGUAUGAAGAAUUUAACCAAAAUUCAAAUCAGACCCAGCAAACCUAUCCUCAAAGACAUGAUUAUGCUGGACGGGGAAGGAAUAUUGGCUUUCUGGAUAAUGAAACUGGGAUGGCUGCUGAGCCGAUGUCUGACGAUGAAGUUUAUGAUAACGUUGAUGUUAUGGGUGAUAGAAUUAUGGAUUUUUCUGAAACUGGUACAUCUGGUGGAAAUAAGAGGGAGGAUUUACUUAACUUACACUACAAUGACUCCAAAAGGGCUGAUGACAUGCACAUAACUCAAAAUAAGAAUUCGGAUCAACCUCUUUCAGCUGCAAAAGCAGCAGUAAACGUUUCUAUGAAUCUAAAUACCUGGAGACCACCUCAGUAUCAGGAGUCAAGAGGGAUUAUGAAAAUGGGUAAUUGGAAUUCUGUGCAGGAGAAUGAGGCAGAUACCACAAAAUCUGUUGCUCAAGUAAUGAAGGAGAAUAACCACCCUGUCACUGUUAGUAAUGGAAAUGCAAAACCAGUUGCUGAUAUACAGAAAGACUCUCAGAAAACACUGAUAUCUGUUCCUGGUUCUUACACCACUGGCCGCCCAUUAGAGGAUGCUGAUUCUCGAACCAUUUUUGUUAGCAAUGUUCAUUUUGCUGCUACCAAAGACAGUCUUUCUCGGCAUUUUAAUAAGUUUGGCGAUGUUCUUAAAGUUGUUAUAUUGACUGAUGCAGCAACAGGGCAGCCAAAGGGGUCAGCUUAUGUAGAAUUUAUGCGAAAAGAAGCAGCAGACAAUGCGUUAUCUUUUGAUGGUGCCUCCUUUAUGUCACGGAUUCUCAAGGUUGUUAAAAGAAGCCCUGCUAACCAGGAAGCAACUACUAACAUGACAUGGCCCCGUGUUACCCGUGCGACUCCAUUUACUCCUGGUAGGUUUAGCAGAGCUCAUUUUCCUAGAGGUAUUCCUGGGGCAUUUAGGCCUCGCUUUACUAUGAAACCUGGUGCGAGAAGUUUUCAGUGGAAGCGAGAUGCUCCAGCAGAGAGUGCAGCUCCAGUCUCUGGGAGUCUCGCGUCUCCUACUGCUCGCAGUCUCACUUAUGUCCGAACAGAGCCUAAACCUGAUGGGAAUUCAGCGUUGACUUAAUUGCAUCAUAACUUGUUCAGAUUUCAUUGAUGUGUCCCGUUGGUGACUGCAGCAAAUGUUUUGGUAAUGCGGCAGAUAUAAAUCAAACAGUUUUUAAGAGAUAGAUUCUUCUGUAUAUGGUGAAGGAGCAGUUUGCUGAAGGGGUGGAUAUAUAAAGGAGUAGAGUGAUUUUGGGGCAGAUAUUCUUGGUUUUUUUUGGUAAUAGGGUCUGUAUUAACCUAAAUGGGUAGAGACCGAGGGACUCUUUGUUGCUGACCAUUAGAUGGGAAUUUGUGAAUAGCAUGGACGGUACUUGAUUUCUUCUGCUUUAAGGGUUUUAUGUCGUUUC